CACCCACUGGACCAGAGAAACACACACUCUCAGAUUCAGAACCGAGCCUGUAUAGGAGAGAAAGCGAGGGAGGAGGAGGAGGUGGAGAGGAAGAAGAGCGCCCUUGAAGAGCCUUCAGUAGUGGCCACUGCUGCCGCUGGCAACGCGUUGCCCAUGACAACACCCACGAUGCCAGAAAUGAUCGAAUGUGAGGGAGAGGGGAAAAACAGGCAGCUCGAUUGGCUGGAGAGAGACACGGCAGUAACAGCAGAAACAGAGUCGGUAGCACUAGGAGACAGAGGAAGAGGUUUAGAGGGGAUAGAGGAGAGUCAGUUGAAGUGCUCUGCAGGAGAGAAGCCACACAGAGAAAUAGCUCUCCUCCACCCGACGUACAGACCCGCCCAUCUCUCAUUCAUCGACACGGGGAUAAAAGGCUCACCUGCACUCCCUGUGAAGGAUACAGAGACAGAGACAAGGGUUGUAUCUGCGUCUGACCAGGACUGCAGCAAUAACGCUGUGCCUCACAACUCACCGGAGAGUGAAGAGACGGGAGGGGGGACGCCUGGCAGCGGCACCCCAGGGACCAACACACUCUCUCCAGCCACGGAGAGAGAGAAGCAGGGGGAGAAAGAGAAAGAGUCUGGACACCGGACAGAAGACCACAACGUCACUGAUACCUCUCCUUUUCCCCUCUGGGUAAUCACUGGACGCCACUGCCUGGAAGACAACAACACUGCUACUGCCACCGGAUUGGAGAGAGGGGGAAAGGAGGGAGAGGAGGGAAAAAGAGGAGGAGGAGGAGGAGGAGGGGGAAAGGAGGGCGGAGAACAGAGAGGAGGGGUAGCUGCUGCCAGAGAGCAGGUUUCAUUGAGCCAUCCGACAGCGGCGGGCCCCACAGCUAGCAGGGUGUCAUCAGCUGGGAGUAAGACGUAUCAGCCCCCUGACUCUACCACCGCUGCCGUUCCUGUCGACUCAUUACUACCGUCGCAGUGCUGCUGGGGGGCUGAGCUCAUCAUAGCCUCCUCAGCCUCCUCUACCUCCUCCACAUCUGCCAGCAGCAGCAUCAUCAUCUCUGCUGAUCAGGUCGGUCUCUCUCUCUUUCCACCAAUACAGCAACAGGGCAACAGAGAUUCAGCUUGCUCAUCUCUUCACUCUCAGCUCAGCACCUCUGGUAAACAAGAACAAGGCAGUCUCUCUGUCUCUCAGCCCUUCCGGCAGACAGAAAACAGAGAUUUAGCCCUCCUUUCAUCCCUCCUCCCUCCCUUUCACUCUGCUGAGCACGAGGAGACCCGGGACAGCAACAACACAAAGAGAGGCACAGAGACCAAGGAGUCAGGAGACGACAAACUUUGUCUCGAACAGAGUCUGAAGUCAGAAGAGAACAGAGGUACAGAGACAGAGGAGUCGUCUCAUUUCAAACACAGCCUGAGUCCAGAACUAGAGGAGAAAGGAGGAAGAGUGCCCACAGGACCUGUCCUAGGUCUUAAAGACCACUCUGUGCCACAUUCGCAGGGCUCCAGAAGCAACACAAAGGGAGGCACAGAGACUGAGGACACGGUUUGUCUCAAACAGAGCCAGGAGAGAAAGGAGGAUCCAAAAGAGAAAGGAGGAACUUUACGACCUGUCCCAGGAGAAAUAAGAGAAGCCUUCCUCUCAGACACAGAGACCGGGAGAGAGACAGGGAAGGAUCCUCCGCCUGCCUUCUCUUUUAUCUCACCUCAGCCUCCGCUGGUCUUUCAGUUACAGCAGCGCUCGGCUAGAGUUGUGAGCUACGAUCAACCGGUCCGUAUCGACCACACCGGCACUGAGAGUGAAGCUACACUCCUCAGAUCAGUACAGCCUCAGUCUCAAGGCUUUGGCAGUGGUGUAGUGGAAGGCCCCACCAUGGCUGGAGUUAAGGUGUUCCAGUUAGCUCUGAUGGGCAACGUAGGGGACAACAGGAAACUAUUUUUCAACAAUGCGGUGAAAGCAGAUGAUAGCUCCUCUAGAGGCCUCAAUGAUAUCUCUUUCUCCCAAACAGCUACUGGACUGGACGGUGCCUCGCUGCCUCCACUGAAGGUACACGAGAACCUUCACCACCCAGUGACUGAAGCCAGUUUCACCUCCCAUGACUUCCUCAGCUCCAAGAAGCCAGAGAACCCACCACCACCAGCCGUAAGCCCACCACAAGCAGCUCUAGCUGGGGUUGCUCUUCCAACACUGAACCCCCUUAACCUCCAUGGGGAGCCUCGGCAGAAGUCCCAGCCAGGAAGAGAUGUCAAAGACUCUGGGAAGGUGUCAGAGACUGAGAAGGGGUCUGAGGAAGAAGAGAAGGCGGGAGGAGAGAAGGAGGGAGAGAAUAAGUCUGGACAAGAUAGAGAAAAAGUCGAAUCUUGCCUGUUAGCUAGGACAGGGCUUCCAGAGACCGCACGUAGAGAUUCUGGAGCAUUAGUAGUCGAAGACAAGAGUAAAAGACGUCAGGACUCCGCUCCUAUAUCUACUCUUAGUGCAGCUGACCCAUACCCAGUCCCAGACUCAGAACAGGUGGAUUUCAAACUUCCUCCUUUUUCUUCUUCAUCCCUCACACCAUCGCCUUCUCAGAAGCAUCUCACCACCACGUCCAGUGAAUCUGUUUUCCAGUUUUUUUUUGAAGAUGCGUUCACCUCUGCUGGACCUGUGUGCAGUGCCCAGUGUCUGUGUGCAGUGCCCAGUGUAGGUCCCCUCUCUAUCCAACCAGACGGUGGAUCAAGAUCAAACCCCUCUGGAGAUGUGACCUUGACCAACACCACGGCUGUAGUAGUCACUACGACGCUGCAGACAAAAACGGAUGAGGAACAGACCACCAUUCAGGCUGAACAGCCCACAAGCCAAUUAGACCAAUCAGAACAAUCAAUUCACCGUGACCUUCCUGUCACAGAUCAUACGGAGACCAGAGAGAGGCCGUCACAGACUCCACAAUGUUCUAGAGACCCUCCCUCUGUGGCUUACGCUAUGGCUGGGGACAGACUUGAGGCUGGAGCUAGGGACAGAAUUGAAGCUGGGGCCGGGGCCGAAGUUGUGCUAGAGGCUGGGCUUCGUAUUCCAAAGAUGAAUGAACCUAACCAAUCCCCUUCAGAUCCUAUGAAGGGUAGAGAGGGGCCUCAGAGUACAGACUUCCCUUCUUUGGAUUUGGCUAAGGCUAAAGAUGAGGCAACAACCGUGGAUGGAGCUGAGGUUGAAGUUGAGGCAACAACCGUGGAUGGAGCUGAGGUUGAAGUUGAGGCAACAACCGUGGAUGGAGCUGAGGCUAAAGAUGAGGCAACAACCGUGGAUGGAGCUGAGGCUAAAGAUGAGGCAACAACCGUGGAUGGAGCUGAGGUUGAAGUUGAGGCAACGACCGUGGAUGGAGCUGAGGUUGAAGUUGAGGCUGAAGUUAAGACAGUGACUGAGGCCAGUAUUCCAAAGGUAACAGUCUUUGACCUGUCCUCUCCUAUAGUGAGGGAUCAAUCUGAUAGUAUUGGGCCAAUAGUGAUACUGAAGCACCCAGGUCCCAUGCUGAGUCACUAUGACAUCAUCGCACUUCCUGAUCAUGUGACAGGGGAAAUCACACCACUCCCUGAUCAUGUGAUACAGGAAGUGACACAGGCAGCAUCUGCAAUACUGGAUUCGGAGUACAGAGAUUAUCUGAGACACAGGGAGGAAGAGGAAGCGCAUGAGACUGGCAGCAGUGGUCACAAAGGGUCACUGGCUGAAAAGGUUAAAGAGGAGGUUAGUGAGAAGCUUCCAGAAAAAAUCCCCAUCUCUAAAUCACCAUCUCAGCCUCAGACCACAACAGUAUCAACAGCUGGAUCUGAUAACACCCUUCCUGAGCCCAAGGUAGAAGAGCCUCUUAGGCUUAAUCUAUUUAGUAGCGCCGCAUCCAUUAAUGAUGAGGUCAUCAGCGUGGAUUCGUCCAUUGAAGAUGACAUCAUAAAUGUCAGCCCACCACUCAGUGCUGAGCAGCCAAUAAGCAGCCAGCCUCUCAAUGUAAACACAGAGGACAAACAGGGGGACAAAAUGAAACAAAAGAAAAAGAGAACAGCGGAAAAGAAGGAAGAGAGGAGACAAAAUGAUGAGAAGGAAACAGAGGAGAAGGAAACAGAGGAGAAGGAAACAGAGGAGAAGGAAACAGAGGAGAAGGAAACAGAGAGGAAGGAAACAGAGGCGAAGGAAACAGAGAGGAAGGAAACAGAGAGGAAGGAAACAGAGAGGAAGGAAACAGAGAGGAAGGAAACAGAGAGGAAGGAAACAGAGAGGAAGGAAACAGAGAGGAAGGAAACAGAGAGGAAGGAAACAGAGAGGAAGGAAACAGAGAGGAAGGAAAGAGAGAGGAAGGAAAUAGGGAGGAAGGAAACAGAGGAGAAGGAAACAGAUGAAGAACAUAAAAAGGGGGAUGAGAAUCUCUCUCAAGAGGGAAAAAGGCAGGAAGAAAAACAAACAGUGGAUAAACAACAGGAAGUGGAGGAUGACAAGCAGAAAGGAAAGUGGAAUCAGACAAGUACACACCAGCAGAGUAAUAGGACUGAUAAGAAAGCAGGAGAGCAAAUCAGAAAGACCGGAUAUAAGCAUUUGGAACAGGAGCAGACACAAACGCUGACAGAAUCACAAAUAGUAGCUCUCCGUGAGGAAAGAGACGAGAAGAGUGAAAUAUCAGACAUCGGAGCCAAUAUGCCUUCUCCUAAUCGUUUCUUUUUAGAUUGGCAUGGUGGUGAUGUGCAGGGAGACAACACGGGGAGUGCACAAAUAGUUAACGCUGUGGAGCAAACAGGAAGAAAGAGUGUCAGAACAGGUAAAGGAGAGGACAAGGCCUCGUCUGACCCCAGCCUGGCUCUUUUUGGCUCGUCUAAGGAUGGGUUUUGUUCCAGUGGAGAUUCUAGCUAUUUAUCCUCUCCCUCUGUGUUAGAACAAAGUCUCUACCCCACGCUGCCGGUGCCAGCAACAGUGAAGACACUGGAGCCCUGCGAAGAGACUAGAGACCCCUUUGUACCCGAUUCGACUGAAAAUGCAGCUCUUAACCAAUCAGAUUCAGUGAUUCGUCUGAACUGUUUUGCUCGGCAACAGGAACAAGAACAGCAGCAGGAAAGGCCAGGAUCCAGUACUGCCUCAGAGGACUUAUCAUGUGGUCGUUUAGUUAGACGUGACGGAGGAGGAGAACCAGACAACAACAACAAGCGCACCGAGUCCCUCACAGCUUCAACACUGUUGCCGGGGGUAACGCAGGGAGCAGAGAGGACCCUGGGCGGUCAGGAAGAGAACGGCAAGUCAGGUGACUGCAACUAUGAUGUCAUCGAUGGAGAGAGAGGUCCAGACACAAUGGAGGGAGUGGGGAAUAUUACUUCUACUGUAAGGAACUAUGGAGUCAGUAUACCGCUUCAUAGCUUCGAACUUAGUCGUGAAGGAGUCAAUAUGCCUUCUCAUAGUCACAAUCGUUUCUUUUUAGACUGGGCUAGUGGGGAUACGGAGAGAGACAGCAAUACAGGGACUGUAGUAAAAGUUCCUGAUGGUCGUGAAAAGAUUACAGAUGAAAACCAAAACACUGGGCCAGGAGUAGUGGAUAUCCGGUCCGGUUCAGUCCGUUCAGAGCUCAAGUCAAAAGGUCUGUCGGUGAAGGACGAGGAGAACGUUGAGGAUAAGAGUCAAAGGACCGGUGUUAUAACACCGACUCGUCAAGAUCAACGCAGCAAAACGGAGAACACUGCAGCCCCUGUUGGAACGGAUUCACACCGAGAUGGAACCACACCGCUGGAAUCUCCUGCCUCAUCGUCAUCAUCAUCUUCACAGGGAAGAGUCAGCACCGAGGGGCAUGGGGUUCACAAGGAGGAGGUCAUAUCACAUAAUCCAGACAUGUGGGCAAAACCUAACCCUGCCUCAGACCACCAGACCAAAGUGACUGUCCCUGUCAAACUGACCCCAGACCAGGUCACCGACACUACUGUCAUAGUGGCUGACACUCACCCUGUUCAGGUCAAAGCCUCAGUACAGGAUGCAGAAUACAAGACAGUUGAACCAUGUUCAGCUUAUGACGCGAUAAAAAACAGAAACGUUCGUGGAACUCGAGAAAGUCCUGGUCUCAAUGUCGAUCCUGAUCCCCAUGUGGUCCAGAUGGACUCCAGCACAACAAUAUCAACAACAACCACAGAAAGCCCCACAGUAGUACAACUAGCUGACUCAGAGAGAGAGGCCGCGGCUGAGGAUAUUGAGGCCUUGAACAGGAAGAGAGAGAAGAGGAUGAAAGCAUUAGCAAAAAGGAUGGAAGAGAGGAAACUAAAGCAGGAGAAGAAGAAGGAGGAAAAACAGAGGCUCUUAACAGAUGGUGAUGCAGUUCCACAGGAGACCACAGAACAGACUGGUCCUGCCACAGAACAGACUGGUCCUGCCACAGAACAAACUGGUCCUGCCACAGAACAGACUGGUCCUGCCACAGAACAAACUGGUCCUGCCACAGAACAGACUGGUCCUGCCACAGAACAGACUGGUCCUGCCACAGAACAAACUGGUCCUGCCACAGAACAAACUGGUCCUGCCACAGAACAGACUGGUCCUGCCACAGAACAAACUGGUCCUGCCACAGAACAGACGGGUCCAGCCACAGAACAGACUGGUCCAGCCACAGAACAGACUGGUCCUGCCACAGAACAAACUGGUCCUGCCACAGAACAGACGGGUCCAGCCACAGAACAGACUGGUCCAGCCACAGAACAGACUGGUCCUGCCACAGAACAGACUGGUCCUGCCACAGAACAGACUGAAAUAUCAGUCACUGGUCCUACUGCAGAACAGACAGAGAUGUCAGUUACCGGUCCUGCCACAGAACAGGCAGAACCAGAGGUAGACUGGUUGGCUGCUCUCAGAUCCCAUGCAGCCUCCCUCUCACAGUCCCACCAACAGAACACAUUGGAGUCCUCUGAGAAAACUACAGAUCCCAGAAGCUACCAGCCUUUGGAACCUCUGGUGUCUCCUGUGGCAGAGUUCCAAACCCCCUCUAAAGAGACCCCUACACCACUUGGUCCGGCAGAGACCCCUACACCACUGGGUCCGGCAGAGACCCCUACCCUACUGGGUCCGGCAGAGACCCCUACACCACUGGGUCCGGCAGAGACCCCUACCCUACUGGGUCCGGCAGAGACCCCUACCCUACUGGGUCUGGCAGAGACCCCUACCCUACUGGGUCCGGCAGAGACCCCUACACCACUGGGUCCGGCAGAGACCCCUUCCCUACUGGGUCCGGCAGAGACCCCUACCCUACUGGGUCCGGCAGAGACCCCUACCCUACUGGGUCCGGCAGAGACCCCUACCCUACUGGGUCAGGCAGAGACCCCUACCCUACUGGGUCAGGCAGAGACCCCUACACCACUUGGUCCGGCAGAGACCCCUACACCACUGGGUCCGGCAGAGACCCCUUCCCUACUGGGUCCGGCAGAGACCCCUACCCUACUGGGUCCGGCAGAGACCCCUACACCACUGGGUCCGGCAGAGACCCCUACCCUACUGGGUCAGGCAGAGACCCCUAACUCACUGGGUCAGGCAGAGACCCCUACCCUACUGGGUCCGGCAGAGACCCCUUCCCUACUGGGUCCGGCAGAGACCCCUACUCUACUGGUUCCGGCAGAGACCCCUACACCACUGGGUCAGGCAGAGACCCCUACCCUACUGGGUCAAGCAGAGACCCCUACCUCACUGUGUCAGGCAGAGACCCCUACCCCAUUGGACCAGGCAGAAACCCCUACCCUACUGGGUCAGGCAGAGACCCCUACCUCACCCGGUCAGGCAGAGACCCCUACCCUAUUGGACCAGGCAGAAACCCCUACCUCACUGGGUCAGGCAGAGGAAACUACCCCAGUAAGACAGAAAGAGCAACAGGCAGAGGAGCAGCCAGCCCAGGAAAAAGAGACCCCAGGACAGACAACUACCCUAAGACAGGGCAGCGGGUCCUCCCUGACAGAGGCUGAGCAGACUGAGGAGAGGAGUAAGGCUCCUUCUUUCACCUCCUCCCCACCUCCUCCCCCUGUCACCUCCUCCCCACCUCCUCCCCCUGCCACCUACUCCCCACCUCCUCCCCCUGCCACCUCCUCCCCUUCUCCUCCCCCUGUCACCUCCUCCCCACCACCUCCCCCUGUCACCUCCUCCCCACCUCCUUCCCCUGUCACCUCCUCCCCACCUCCUCCCCCUGUCACCUCCUCCCCACCUCCUCCCCCUGUCACCUCCUUCCCACCUCCUCCCCCUGUCACCUCCUCCCCACCUCCUCCCCCUAUCCCCUCCUCCCUACCUCCUCCCACUGUCACCUCCUCCCCUCCUCCUCCCACGUCUCCUGGACAAGUCUUCCAGUACCCUCCUGCCCUCCCUACCUACCUUCAGGAAGAUUUUCCCACCCCUCCUCCCACUCCGCAAGAGAGGCCGCCCCCAGAGCUCCAGUCGACUGAGCUCGACAGACCACUUCCUGCAUCCCCCCAGGCUCCAGCAGAAGCCCAGGCUUCUUCCCCACCUGCAGCCCAGGCGUCUUCCCCACCUGCAUCCCAGGCUUCUUCCCCACCUGCAGCCCAGGCUUCUUCCCCACCUGCAGCCCUUGCAGCAGCCUCGGUUGUCCCGCCUCUACCUGUACCUCCACCCUCUGAGAGUCGGGACACCACAUUCACUACCACAACAUUCUCUGAACCCUCGACAGAAGUCUCAUCAGAACCCUCAGCCUUCCCACCUCAACCUCCACCCCGUGAAGAGGACACCACCUCCACCCCUGCAUCCUGUGACCCCUGUGACCCUACACCCAGGAGCUCAGACUCUGACGGAGCGUUCGAGACACCGGAGUCGACCACCCCUGUCAAGUCCCCCACUGGAGAGACAGACCAUCAUACCCAGCUGCUGACCUCGGAAGACACCGGUCUUGGCUGUGACUCUGAGGCAGAUGGUGAACCCGGGUCAGAGGCUAAAGGUCACCAUGGUAGCUCCCUGUCCAUAGUCUUUGACGAGGACAAGCCCAUAGCUGCUAGCGGAGCCUAUAACUUAGACCAGCUCAUUGCUGCUGCUGCUGCUGCUGCAGAGGCCCAGAGCCGAUCAACUCUAACCCGCUCUCUGAGCCUUCAGGCUGGGGAGCUAGACGGCUCCGGACCCCUAGACAGCGUAGGAUCCUCCCUCUCAAUCGGAGACUCCCGUCCCCUGGCUGAGGCCUUUAGUAUCGACGGUGGUACUGAGAGUGCUCCGGGGACCCUCCGCAGACCGUCCAAGAAGGGGCCUCUCCGCCCUGGUGGCUCCCUGAAAAAGAAGCCUCUCCUCAGGCAGAGCUCUAACCCAGAGAGCCCCCAACCUCCAUCCUCUGGUGUCACACCGGAGCCGAAAAAGAGCACCAGAGCAGCUAGUCCCCUAUUGGGCCCCGAGGACCAGGAAGUAGGAGGAGCCACAACAGACUCUGGCCCUGCCUCGGCCACGCCCAGUCCAGGAGGCACGCUCCGCAGAACCAGGAAACCACGCGUGGAAAGCCCCGCCCCUCUCAUUGAAGAGACCAAUCACACUAGCCCAGAGACAGAUAACCAACCAAUCCCAACCCCUACUCCUGUUCCGACCCAGGCCAUUUCCAUACCACCCCGACAGGAGGAUACCCCCAUCCCAGUGCCGGAGGCCCCUCUCCCAGCCAGCGAGGGCUCCUCUCCCAUCCCCCCUAGUGGGGCCUACAAAUGGGACCCAGACAACUUUGAGGACAUCGACCCAUUCAACACCGGCGGUAGUAAAGUCGCUAACUCUCCCCCGUUGGGAAGAAAAGGAGUCGCUAACUCCCCCCCUUUGGGAAGGAAAGGAGUCACUGCGUCCAUUGCUCACAAAACUGUCACCCCUGUGUCUACCCCCCCUCCUGUCUCUACUGAGGAACCAGCUCCUCCCUCUACCAGCCCCCCUAUUCGCACCUCAGGGGCGGUCAGGCUGGAGUUUGACUAUUCUGAGGAGACCCUCGAGGAGCCUCCUAAGGCCUCUCCACCUCCCAAGAAGCUGGGCAGGAAGCCAGGCUCCAAGAUGCCUCUAAGGAAGCCCAGGAUGGGCCUGAAGAAGGCUGUCCAGCCGCCAUCGGAACCCCUAGACAACACCCCCGCCACCGUCCCCGGUGAUGACAUCCCUAUCCAUAAGGCUUCCUAUAACUUUGACCCCGCCCAGUGGGACGACCCUAACUUCAACCCGUUCGGCUCUAACAGCGAGAUCCCCGUCUCUCCCGAGCUGAACAAACCCUCCAAUAGAUUCGACUCUGACACCUUCGACGAGUCUGCUGCCUUCAAGUCCUCCUCCAAUAGCAUGGCUGCGUCUCCGCCCACGGCUGCCUCAGGCUCCGCCUCCUUUGAGGUGUCGGCCAAUGACAAUGAGGUUGAUAAUGAUAACGAUAACGUCGGUGAGCUGGAGGACCACAACCAGAACAAACCAUCCAAAACGAAGAAGAAACCUAUCAAAUCUAACACUUUCAGAGUCAAGAGGUCCCCAAAGAGGUCGGCUAUGUCUGAUCCAUCAUCACAAGAGCCCACCCCAGUAGAUGAAGUCCAGCCUCCUAUCCCCCCGCUACAGGACGACCACGCCACAGACGAGGAAAAGCUGGCCUCUUCCUCCAAUCACAAAGAGAAGCUUGCUUCCUCAGCCAAUCACAAGUGGGCAUCCAUGGAGGCGGAGCUAACCUCUGACCCCCAGGAGGACUUCCCGCAGCCAUCUGACCUCACAGCCUUCGUCAAUGAGAACAAUCGAGUGCCAGACUAUGAGAUCGAGUACAUGGAGAAGAUCGGACCCCCUUCGCCGACUCUGUUUGUGAAGAAACCUUCUACUCUCUACCUGAAGCUGGACUCUGUGACAGACAGCCUGACCAAGCCUAACCAUGGAUCAGAACUCAACUCUCCCUGCACAGGGUACAACACACUGGGGAGUUUUGAGGAGAUAGAGGCCCAGAUCACAGCCCAGAUGAAGACUCCUGUGCUGGGCUCCAGACCCGGUCCAGAAGGGUCUCGACCCGGUCCUGAGGGGUCCACUGGAGAGAAAGAGAAGACCAGGAAGAGAGAGAGCCAGUCACUGAGCCGGACACAGAGCACAGACAUGGAUCAUGGGACGAAACUCACCCAGGGCUCUAUGGAGGUCCAAGGUCCAGCCCCUGGCCCAUCCCCAGACGCACCCUUCUUAGCCAGGCUGUCUGAGUGCCCUGACCCCCUAGCCUACCUGGAGGCUGUGGAGACUGACCUGGCAGAGACCAACCCCACUGCCUUCGCCCUCAAACUACAGGAGGAACUGGUUCUAGCUGCUCUGAGGAUAGAGGCUCUUCAGGUAGCCAAAUACAUCUCAGACAGCCCCUCCCUCUCCACUAUCACCCCCCAGCAGAGAGACAGAGAAGUGACGUCAUCAGUGAUGUCAUCAACACUGGACAGGGACAGCGCGGAUACCAAGAGUUCUCUCUACACCCGGACAGCGGGCUACGGAGAGGAGGAGAGCCCCUACCCACCCAAAGACAUGGAGCACUCCCUGGGCAUCCCACGAGAAGAGAUCGUGUCCAAGGAGAAGGAGGUACUGGAGUGGCAGAGGAAGUACGAGGACAGUCGACAGGAAGUGCUGGAGAUGAGGAGAAUCGUCGCAGAGUAUGAGAAGACCAUUGCACAGAUGAUUGACGAUGAGCAGAAGGAUAAGUCUCUGUCUCACCACACCAUCCAGCAGCUGAUCAUAGAGAAGGACCAGGCUCUUUCAGACCUCAACUCAGUAGAGAAGAGUCUGGCUGAACUGUUCAGACGAUACGAGAAGCUGAAGGAUGUCCUCGAGGGCUACCGUAAGAAUGAGGAGGUGUUGAAGAAGUGUGCUCAGGAGUACCU